AUGAAAAAGUGUUUCUUGUUCAUGUUAUUCAUGUUAUGUUACUUUACAAGAGAAACAGCAAGUCUUCCAUCAGCCUAUGAUAAACGAGGCGUUGUCGAUAUCCUAUCCAACAUCUUUCGAGGUAAAGGUACUUUCUUUCACCCAGUGACUGAAGGCGGUGCUAUCGGUUCAUGUGGUCCCGUUGCCAACGACCACAGUCGUAUCUGUGCCAUGAAUAUCAAGCAGUACGGACAGGCUUCGAAAAAGAGUCCAUGGUGUAAUCUACAAUUGCGUGUAUCUUCUGGUGGAAGAAGUACGGUCUGUACAGUCACCGAUUGUUGUCCUGGAUGUGCAGAGGGGUCCUUGGAUAUGACACCGCAAGUCUUUAAUGAUCUGGCUCAUCCCAGCGUAGGUGUUAUUCCUAUCGAAUGGUGUAUUCGUGGUUAUAGGGGUUGCACUUAGUUUUGUAGAAUUAAAAAAUAAAAAAAGUGAUAUCAUUGUUUGUAUUAAAAAAAAAAAAAAGCC